AUGCUGCUUCUGCUCACAAGUGCUUUUGUCCUUCUCCCAUGGGCUGGGGCUGGAAGGAUCAUUGGUGGGCAUGAAGUUAAGCCUCACUCCAGGCCCUACGUGGCCUAUGUAUCAGUUAGAAGUGACUCAGGGGGAGCUAAGCCAAAGACAUCUCGAUGUGGAGGCUUCCUGGUUCAUCCUUACGCAGUGCUCUCAGCAGCUCAGUGUGUGGCUGGAAUAAAGAAAGUGACUGUCAUUGUGACCCUGGGAGCCCACAACAUAGGUAAGAAAGAAGCAGAACAGCAGGUGUGCCAUGUUGACCACUGGGUCAUCCAUCCCAAAUAUUCACAUCAUGGCCAUAAAAACGACAACAUGCUGCUGAAAGUGAAACCAGGAACUACCUGCCAAGCAGCUGGCUGGGGCAGGACAGCACUAAAUGGAGGCCAGAGUAGUGUUCUGAGGGAAGUGGCCCUGGAGGUGCAGAGAGAGGAAGUGUGUGAACAGACUUUCCAGAAGUACCUGUGGCAGUCCAUGCUGUGUGCUGGUGAUGAGCAUGGCAAGAAAUCUACUUUCCGCGGUGAUUCUGGUGGCCCAUUGAUCUGCAAUGGGAAGGUUCAUGGCAUCGUCUCUUAUGGACACAAAAAUGCCUUGUUCUUUGAAGUGUAUAGCAGAGGGUCCCUGGAUAUGUAA